AUGGAGAGCAUGAACGUAGCUGAUGUCCCGACGCUCCUCACUCGCGGCGGAGGCGGAGAGGGCACCAUCAGCGUCCCGUCGCGGGCGUCUUCGGUGCGGGUUUUCUGGUGCAGGACCUGCCACCGUCAGUUCCCCUCCUUCCAAGCCCUCGGAGGCCACCGCGCGAGCCACAAGAAGCCGAGGCUCGCGGAGGACCGCCACGGCCACGCCUGCUCCGUCUCGGGACUCGAGUUCGCCGUCAGCCAGGCGUUAGGCGGCCACAUGAGGCAGCACUGCACCGGCGGCGCGCCUCAUGGCCUCACGGAGAAGAAGCCCGGCAAGAGGAGGGGCCUGUGGUUGGACCUGAACAUGCCGCCGUCCGACGACGUUUGA